ACCUGCCACAACACCCAGCUAUGUUUUGGUUGUAGUUGUCGUUCCUGUUUGGCAGGCCCGGGCUGGAUUCGAACCCGCCAGCUCUGGUGUCUGUGGCUGGCGCCUUAGCCACUUGAACUAGAGGCACCCAGCCGUUUGGCUGGGGCUGCGUUUGAACCCGCCACCCUCGGUAUAUGGGGCCGGAGUCCUAUUCACUGAGCCACAGGCUCCGCCCUAUUACUAUACAAUUUCAAAAGCAGGACCUAUACUCUGCAAUACCGCCCACGCGUGAGAACUUCACACAACAGGAACCACAACUUCAUUUGCUAAUGUUUCACCACAAAUUAUGCGUGUGGGUCAUGGUGGAUUUCCUUUACUACAUCUGAAACCAAAUGGCAAAUGAAAACAAGACCUGGAGAAGUCCUUAUUGAUUGUUUAGAUUCGAUUGAAGACACCAAAGGAAAUAAUGGAGAUAGAGGUAGACUCUUAGUAACAAAUUUAAGAAUUAUCUGGCACUCUUUGGCAUUACCCAGAGUCAAUCUUUCUAUCGGUUACAACUGCAUAUUGAAUAUUACAACAAGGACUGCUAACUCUAAAUUACGAGGCCAAACUGAAGCUCUUUAUAUUCUAACAAAAUGUAAUAGCACUCGUUUUGAAUUUAUAUUUACAAAUCUGGUUCCUGGAAGUCCUAGACUUUUUACUUCUGUGAUCGCAGUACACAGAGCAUAUGAAACUUCUAAAAUGUAUCGUGAUUUUAAAUUGAGAAGUGCACUAAUUCAAAACAAGCAACUAAGAUUAUUACCACAAGAACAUGUAUAUGAUAAAAUCAAUGGAGUAUGGAAUUUAUCCAGUGAUCAGGGAAAUUUAGGAACUUUUUUUAUCACCAAUGUGAGAAUUGUAUGGCAUGCAAACAUGAAUGACAGUUUUAACGUCAGUAUACCAUAUCUGCAAAUUCGCUCAAUAAAGAUUAGAGAUUCAAAAUUUGGUUUAGCUCUUGUUAUAGAAAGUUCUCAACAGAGUGGAGGAUAUGUUCUUGGCUUUAAAAUAGAUCCUCUAGAAAAACUACAAGAAUCAGUUAAGGAAAUCAAUUCACUUCACAAAGUCUAUUCUGCUAGUCCUAUAUUUGGAGUCGAUUAUGAGAUGGAAGAAAAGCCACAGCCCCUUGAAGCUCUGACAGUCGAACAGAUUCAAGAUGAUGUAGAAAUAGACUCUGAUGAUCACACAGAUGCUUUUGUGGCUUAUUUUGCUGAUGGCAAUAAGCAACAAGAUCGUGAACCUGUAUUUUCAGAAGAACUGGGGCUUGCAAUAGAGAAAUUGAAGGAUGGAUUCACCCUACAGGGACUUUGGGAAGUAAUGAGUUGAUCUUGAGUUGAGCUGGAUUUCUAUUUAAAGAAUCUCAAGAUUAAAGAUA